ACCCUUCAACUUCGGUCCUUCUUCUCUGCGCCUCCUUUGAUUCGAAGCUGUCGGAGUUCGCCGUGGUCGUGUUGUGCCUCAUCUGCUUAGCCAUGCAUUAUCUCCGCCUUUUGUGCCCAAUUUCAAGGUAUGCAUUGCCCAAACUUGCUCAAUUUCUCUCCCCUCUUGCGUCUCUCACGCUUCCCUCUCUCUAUCAUUCCCUCAAUCCCAAGUUCUUUGCUCCUUCCCAAACCUCGCAUGCAAAUAACAUCGACGACAGCGUUGCCUCAUUUCAUUGCUUACUCCAUAUGCAUCCCCCACCAUCCAUAACCAAAAUUAAUAAGAUUUUAGGCUCAGUUGCCAAGGCUAAACAAUAUCGAAUUGCGAUCUCGUUGUUUGCUCAAGCGGAGUUCAAGGGAUUCAUACCUGAUUUAUUUACAUUGACCAUCUUGAUCAAUUGUUACUGCCAUGUGGGUCAGAUGUAUUCUGCUUUCUCAAUGUUGGGAAGGAUUCUCAAGUUGGGUCUUCGACCAAAUGUGAUAACCUUGACUACUUUACUCAGAGGACUCUGCAUGGGUAACAAGGUUGGGGAAGCACUAGACUUUUACCAUGACUUAACAGGUAAAGGAUUUCAAUUCGAUGAAUUUAGUUUUGGCACCCUGAUCAAUGGACUGUGUAAAGUAGGGAAAAUAAGGUCUGCUGUUAAAUUGGUCCAAAUUAUGGAAAUGAAGGGAAUUAAAGCUGACGUAGUCGUAUAUAACACUAUCAUCGACGGGCUUUGCAAACUUGGACGUGUCAUUGAGGCCCAUGAAUUUUAUUCAACAAUGAUUGAUCAAGGAAUUCUGCCGUCUGUUUUCACAUAUACCUCUCUAAUCCAUGGUUAUUGCAGCAUUGGAAAGUGGAAUGAAGUUACCCAAUUGCUCCAUGAAAUGGAAUUGAAAAGCAUCAAACCUAAUGUUCAUACAUUUACUGUAUUGAUUGAUGCAUUUUGUAAAGCAAGGAGGAUCGUUGAAGCUCUCACUGUGUUUGCUAAGAUGAUGAAAUGUGGUGAGAGACCGAAUGUUGUAACUUACAGUUCUUUAAUGGAUGGAUACUGUCUGAUGAAUAAUGUUAGUGGAUCAAAGGAAGUAUUCAACAAGAUGGUUCAAAGUGGUGUAGUAGCUGGUGUAGUUAGUUAUAAUAUACUGAUCAACGGAUUUUGUAAGAGUAAAAUGGUGGAUGAGGCAUUAGACCUCUUGCGAGAAAUGCGUCACAAAGGCUUGGUUCCUAAUGUGAUAACAUAUAGUUCUCUUAUUGAUGGCCUAUGCAAAUCAGGGAGGAUGUCAUUUAUGGAAGACCUUGUUUAUGAGAUGCAUGAAAGUGGUCAUACCCCAGAUAUAGUUUUCUAUAGUAUUUUGUUAGAUGCAUUUUGCAAAAGUCAAAAUCUUGAUCAAGGGGUUGCAUUAUUUAGGCAUAUGGUUGCCCAGGGAAUUCAGCCUAAUGUAUACACAUACACUAUACUUAUUGAUGGCUUGUGUAAAGGUGGUAAACUAGAUGAUGCUCAAAAGAUUUUUCAAUGCCUUUUAAUGAGUGGCUAUCAUCUAAAUGUCUAUACAUAUACCGUUAUGAUCAGUGGGCUUUGUAGAGGAGGGUUGUUGGUUGAAGCUAUGGCCUUGCUUUCCAAAAUGAGAGCAAAUGGAUGUCUUCCUGAUUCAGUAACAUAUGAGACACUUAUUAAAGCUCUUUUGGAAAACAGUGAGAAUGAGAAGGCCGAAAAGCUUCUUCAGGAAAUGAUUGGUGAUGGUCUUGUAAAAUGAUGAAAUAAGGGGAAGUUGUAGGCGUUAUUGUAUUUCCGUUGCUAUGAGGAUGGUUUGUGUUGAGGUUCAACAUCUUAUUGGGAUAUCUGCAUUUGCUUUCAAAACUGUAGUCCGGAAUGCAUUAUUUUGAAAUUAGAGUCAUGAACUAUGAUUUCCACUCUAUGGUUUUGUCCAAGACCUUUGAAGCACAUGGACCCAAUGUGGGAGGCUGUAACCUUCUUCCAAACGAGGCAAGUUUUUAUCUAAUUGAAAAAUGUUGGAUAUCAUUGGCUAUUAUUGCAUUUACAUGUCUGACGCAGGUGUCUCCGUGGAGUUUCUCUGGUUCAUUCUAUCUUAGAUAUACCCCACACUCGGCAAUAGUUGGACCAUCUGGAUUGAAACGUAAAGAGAAGAAAUGAUAAUUGCUGUUUAGUUUAUGCCUUCCUGACUCACGCCCAACAACGCGGUUUGCUCAGCU